AUGUGCCGAGCGGCUCCAGCAAUGGUCGAGCUUGCAGCUUACUUCUUGACUGAGGGGAUUCCAUUCGCGUCUUCCCUCAAUGCGGACAUAACAGGCCCUCGUUUGCUGUACACGGAGCGCAAUUUUGGGGAGCUUGAGUUCAUCGAGAACCCCCUGCAACUAAUUUUGUUUCCAACGACGAACGAUCAUCUCCGUGAUGAAGCAGGGCGCCCAGAAUAUUUGCCGCAACUGUCCGAGGGCGACGCUCCAUCGGGAGUUCAACUUCUUCGUGCCAGAGAAAAGAGCGAAGCAAUACGCCGUCUGCACCGUCAGAUGCAGAAGAAGCGACCCCUCCACUUGCACCGGCAGCUGACUCACAGCGAAGGCUUAAAGUUUCGCACUCGACUACAAGUAUACAAGAAGCAGCGCGAGCACCUCGUCAACGAAUUGAUCGCGAAGCCAGUGCAGCAGCUCGCUAGUUUGGAACGUAUUGCCGCGCUAUCACACGACUUUGAAGCCUACACGCAAACACUGCUGGGGGGGAACGCAAUACUUUUCUCGCGAUUACUCCAGCUGCACUCUGCCCUGCUGUUGAUACAUGCUUGUGAAGACGAAGGUGCAGGGCAUUCGGGGACUCGUUCGCCGUCUCGAAGUAACUUGUUAUUCACUUCUUGCAGCAUGCUAAACUCUUGGGAGCCCAUUUCUCGUCCGUCGGCUGCAAGGUCUUUUACUGAUGCAGCUUUCCGGUGGUUGUGGGAUCGAAUAUUUGACUUAACUUCACGUCGAGAGGCAUUUAAGAGCGCCCUGCCCUUUGGCGACGCAGCAACGCUGCGCCUCAGUGCUGCAGCUGACAAGUUAGCACGCAUGGCUGCAACGGCACGUUCUGCGGGUAUUGCUAGGUUGGCAGAGUCAAGGCGCCUGCUUCCGAGCAAACUCAUUGGCAUCCGUCUGCGUAAACCUGCGUUGUCCCACCUGGAAAGGGCGAAGGGCGGUGGAACAGACAGGCGACUGCUUGUACUAGGUGUUUUCUCUGCAGCAAGCGACAAGCUGCUGCGACAGGCAUGCUUGCAGAUACAGAGCCCUCGACGCGAACAGCAGCGCGAAGAGAUGAAUCAGCUUUUUCAGCGUGGACUGGCAAACCACCCUGCUGACCCAUUCGCUUUCGCAGCCGUAGGCCCAGAACUUCAAGAGGUGUGUUCUUUGGUAAACAUUCCCGCAGUGAAGGUCCACACUAGGCUACCAGCAGAACGUUUUGCAGCACAAGACGUUGCGAAUGUUGCUGCAAAUCGCGUGGCUAAUGCGGUGGCCGACAGUUGGGUGCUGGUGGAGUUACUCGAAACAAAAACGUGGAUUCUCUCCAGGACAUUCGACGCGGUAACAGGCCGUCUUGCUAAGGAGAAGCUCCUGUCGUCGUUUGGGUCUGAACAGCGACAGCACCAGCCUGGUAUUGGCCAAUGGACAUGUCAGGGCUGGAAAGGUCCCUCCGAAAGUCGAAUGUACUUAUGUCACCUCUGCAUCCUCUGUGCAUCGCUUCUUUCUCUCGCAGCCAUAAUUCUAAUUAUUAUUGCUCUCUUUGUAUUCGUUGGCAAGGUAGCUUCGCUAAUCGUAGCUUGCCUGGGAAAACUGUGUCGUAGCGCCUGCGGCAUCUCCAAUAAACACAUUUGUGGCAGCUCUGAAAGGCAGCAUAAGAAGCCUCUUUUAAGACACAAGGUUUUGUCCCUGAAGGUGGCGGCCCUUGCUGGUGUAACCAUGACGAUGGAGGCGAGCGCUCUUGCGUGA